CAUUAGUGACAUUAUAAUUUUUGAGAAAUAUUAUCCUGCAUAUAGCAAUACAGAAAAAAAAUGUUGUUUAUGACGCGACUUAGUGAUUUCUGUUCUUUGUAGGCUUUCAUUUCUCUUUUAUAUUUAUUAGGUAGUGAAACUAUCUUCUUUUUAGUGAUAUAAGUAGAAAACUAAUUGUGUUUAUAAUUAAGUGAACAUGGCUGAUUUUUUGGAAUCCGAAGCUGAGGAGAGCGAGUUGGACUCGGAAGAAGACGAGAAACCAGCGGAACGGAAAAAGCCAAAACGUAAAGCUGCGGUGCAAAGCGACGACGAAGAAGAUGAUGAGGAUGACGAGGAACGACUCCGAGAAGAGUUGAAAGAUUUAAUUGAUGAUGCACCAAUAGAAGAGUCUGGGAGUGAUGGUGAAGACUCGGACGCUAGUGAAGGUCCAAAAAAGAGGAAAAAGAGUGAUGAUGAACUAGACGAUAGGUUAGAGGAUGAAGAUUAUGACUUGAUUGAAGAGAAUUUAGGUGUAAAAGUUGCUAGAAAUAAAUUCAAAAGACUGCGGCGUCUAGAGGAUGACGACAGUGACAACGAAGGUGCCGAUGAUCCAGAGCUGGAGAGAGAGGUCAUCGCUGAAAAGUUGUUUGUUGGUGGUUCUGAUGAGGAGGAUGAAAAUCGUUCAGAAUCAGCUGCUCCAAGGGAAGUUGAGUAUGAUGACGAGAACGAGGAUAUGGAAUCAGAUGCUGAUGAUUUUAUAGUAGAUGAUGAUGGCAGACCAAUAGCUGAAAGAAAAAAGAAACGGAAACCUAUGUUUGCUGAUGCUUCCUUGCAAGAAGGUCAAGAUAUAUUCGGUGUGGACUUUGAUUACGAUGAGUUUGAGAAAUAUGGUGAAGAAGAUUAUGAGGAUGAGGAAGAUGAUGACUUUGAGUAUAUUGAUGAUGAGGACGAGGAGGGCGAAAAAAGAAGGACUAAAAAAGGCACAGCUAAGAGACCUAGCAAGAAGUCCAUAUUUGAGAUUUAUGAACCGAGUGAGCUGAAGAGGAGUCAUUUUACCGACUUGGAUAAUGAGAUACGUAAAACCGAUGUCCCUGAGAGAAUGCAAAUCCGAGAAGUGCCUAUAACUCCGGUGGAGGAAGGCAGCACUGAACUGGAAGAUGAAGCCGAAUGGAUCUACAAACAAGCUUUCUUAAAGCCUCCCGUUUCGAAGGCAGAUGCACAAGAGGCUAGAGAGCGGUCUAGACGAGGAUCCAGUACUGUAGUGAAGAUCCGACAAGCCUUAGAUUUUAUGAGAAAUCAGACUUUGGAGGUGCCAUUCAUAGCAUUCUACCGCAAGGAGUACGUCCAACCUGAGCUGAGUAUAAAUGACCUGUGGAAGGUCUACAAGUACGAUGCUAAGUGGUGUCAGUUAAAACAGCGUAAAGAGAAUUUGCUUCGACUCGUCGAGAAUAUGCGCGAAUUUCAACUGGAUAAAGUUAUGGCAGAUCCGGACGCACCGAUACCUGACAACAUGAGGCUCAUCAAAGAUGAGGAUAUUGAGAGAAUCAAGAAUGUACAGACUCCCGAGGAACUCCGUGACGCUCACUCACAUUUCUUCUUGUAUUACUCCAACGAUUUGCCUGAAAUGCAGAGAUUGCAACGCAUGAAAGAAAAGAAAAAGGAGUUAGAGGAAAAGAAGCGUCUAGCGCGUGAAGAGGCGGAGAAGAACGGUGAGGAUCCAGAAGAGGCAGCGGCCGCCGUCGUGGCCGCACAGCCCGAUGAAGAGCCCGACGUUAAGUACGCGGCGCGCUCCGGGCCCUACGAGCUGUGCCGCAAGGCCGGCAUCGAGCCACUGGUCAAGAAGUUCGGUCUAAGUCCCGAGCAGUUUGCGGAGAAUGUUCGCGACAACUACCAGAGGCACGAAGUAGAACAGCCGCCCGUACCACCGCUAGAGGCCGCCGAAGCCUUUACGUCGGCGGGCUUCUCGGCGGCGGAGGCGCUGCGGCGCGCCGUGUACAUGUGCGGCAUGCAGCUGGCGCGCGAGCCGCUGCUGCGCGCCACGCUGCGCGACGCGCUGCGCGAGCGCGCGCUGCUCAGCGUGCGCCCCACCGCGCGCGGCCUCAAGGACAUCGACGAGGGACACCCCUGCUUCAGCAUGAAAUACCUUAAGAAGAAGCCAGUUCGCGAUCUGACCGGCGAUCAGUUCCUAAAGCUCACGACCGCCGCGGAAGAUAAGCUACUGGAAAUAAACAUCAGUGAACAGAUUGAGGGCAACACUGGCCCUAGUUAUUUAGAAGAAUUGAAGCAGUUGUACCAAAAGGAUGAAUUUGCAGCAACCGUUCAAGCGUGGAAUGAGCUAAGAGCGGAAGCAGUCACACUCGCUCUCACCAAAAUAGUAAUGCCGGAGCUUAGACGAGAAUUGCACGCUGUUCUAUUACAAGAAUCUAAAGAUUACGUUUUAAAGUGCUGUCGCCGAAAAUUGUACGACUGGCUGAAAGUAGCUCCCUACGAAUCAAGAGUGUCUGAUGAUGAUGACGAAGAAUGGGAUGCUUCCAAUGGAGUGCGCGUGCUGUCCAUCGCGUACGUGCCGGACCGCGCGCACUGCGCCUUCGCGUGCGUGGUGCAGGCGGGUGAGGUGGCGGACCACCUGCGCCUGCCGCACCUGCUGCUGCGCCGCAACGCCUGGGACGCGCUGGAGCGCCGCAACAAGGAGGCCGACAUGACGGCGCUGCGCCGAUUUAUACUGCGUAAGAAACCCCACGUCAUAGUGAUUGGUGGUGAGUCUCGCGACGCUCUCAACGUCAAGGCAGACGUCACGGAAUGCGUGCAGCAACUCGUUGAGGACGAACAGUUUCCGCGCAUUCCAGUAGAAAUCGCAGACAAUACUAUAAGUAAAAUAUACAGCAAUAGCAUAAAAGGACGAAAUGACUUCAGAGAAUAUCCAGAUACGCUACGGCAGGCGAUAUGUCAAGCUCGCUUAUUACAAGACCCUCUCAUGGAAAUAUCACAACUCUGUGGGCCAGAUGAAGAAAUCCUAUGUCUAAGGUAUCACCCGCUUCAAGACCACAUAGCAAAAGAAGACUUACUUGAUGGAAUCGAACUGGAAUUUGUUAAUCGUGUUAAUGAAGUCGGUGUGGAUGUAAAUGAAGCCGUUUUAACAGGAAGAGGAACAGAACUGUUACAAUUUGUAUGCGGUUUAGGUCCAAGAAAGGCACAAGCUCUCAUCAAAUUAUUUAAACAAACCAAUCAAAAACUAGAAAACAGAACACAACUUGUCACAGUAUGUCAUAUGGGUCCAAAAGUCUUUAUCAAUUGUUCUGGUUUUAUCAAAAUUGAUACAAAUAGUCUGGGUGAUAGUACCGAAGCUUAUAUAGAAGUUUUGGAUGGUUCUCGAGUUCACCCAGAAACUUAUGAAUGGGCAAGGAAAAUGGCCGUCGAUGCGUUAGAGUAUGAAGAUGAAGACGCUAAUCCAGCCGGUGCUUUAGAAGAAAUCCUUGAAGCUCCAGAAAGACUUAAAGACUUGGACCUUGACGCAUUUGCAGAAGAAUUGGAACGUCAAGGUUUUGGUAACAAGAGCAUAACGCUAUACGAUAUACGAGCAGAACUAAAUUCUAGGUAUAAGGAUCUUAGAGUUCCUUAUCGUUCGCCUACAGCGGAAGAAUUGUUUGAUAUGCUUACCAAAGAGUCUCCGGAGACGUUCUAUGUAGGAAAAAUGGUGUUAGCGACAGUAAUUGGUAUCACGCAUAGAAAACCUCAAAGAGAAAUGUUAGACCAAGCCAAUCCUGUCAGGAACGAUGAGACUGGCUUGUGGGAAUGUCCUUUCUGUCACAAGAAUGAUUUCCCUGAACUCUCAGAGGUAUGGAAUCACUUCGAUGCAGGCGCAUGUCCAGGUCAAGCAACGGGGGUUAGAAUUCGUCUCGAUAAUGGUCUUUCAGGAUAUAUUCAUAUAAAAAAUCUAUCGGAUCGACACGUGACAGAUCCAACAGAGAGGGUGCGGAUAGGUCAGACCAUACACUGUCGAAUUUUGAAGAUUGACGUUGAAAGAUUUUCCGUGGAUUGCUCUUCGAAAUCGUCAGAUUUAUUGGAUAAAAAUAAUGAAUGGAGGCCUUCAAAAGAUCCAUAUUACGAUCAAGAGGCAGAAGACAAGGACAUUCGUAAGGAUAAAGAAGCGAAACAGACUAAGGAGCGUUUGCAAUACGUAAAACGGGUUAUAGUACACCCCGCUUUCCACAACAUCAGUUUUGCAGAGGCUGAAAAACUUAUGGAAAACAUGGCCCAAGGUGAAGUCAUCAUCAGACCUAGUAGUAAGGGUUCUGAUCACCUCACUGUGACGUGGAAGGUGGCAGAUGGUAUAUGUCAGCACAUUGACGUGCGAGAGGAAGGCAAAGAAAAUGCGUUCUCCUUAGGUCGUAGUUUAUGGAUACAAGGUUCCGAGUUCGAAGACCUUGAUGAAAUUAUUGCGCGACACGUCACUCCCAUGGCGGGACACGCGCGGGACCUCAUAUCCUACAAAUACUACAAGCCCCUCGGCGGCAUGAGGGAUAAGGCCGAGGAGAUCCUGAAGGAGGAAAAGGGGAAGAACCCCAAUAAGAUUCACUACGUCAUAUCCGCCGCUAAGAACCACCCCGGCAGGUUUCUCCUGUCGUAUUUGCCGCGCGCACGCUGCACGCACGAGUACGUCUCGGUGACGCCCGACGGGUACAAGUUCCGGCAGCGCAUGUUCGACUCGCUGGGCGGCUUGCUCAGGUGGUUCAAGGAGCACUUCCGGGACCCGCCGCCCUCCGGCACGCCCGCCCAGCGCACCCCCGCGGCCCGCACCCCGCACGCCGCGCUCGCCUCCGCGCUCUACCACACGCCCGCGCCGCACACGCCCGCCUUCCACACGCCCGCGCACACGCCCGGCCCCGCCUACGUGAACACGCCCUACACGCCGUCCGCGCAGACGCCCUACAUGACGCCCUUCGCCACGACGCCGCGCCAGCCCGACUUCCUCACCCCGGCGGCGCCGCGGCACCGCCAGGUGCAGCUGCCCGUGUACGCGGAGCCGUCCGACUGGCAGAAGGCGGCGGAGGACUGGGUGCGGCACCGCUCGGUGCGCGACACGCCCGCCACGCCGCGCAGCGACGGCACGGGCACGCCGCGCUCGGAGCCGCGCUCCACGCCGCGCCACGACGCGCGCGCCACGCCGCGCCACGACAUGCGCGCCACGCCGCGCCACGACGCGCGCUCCACGCCGCACGGGCCCGCCUCGGGCCGCUCCUCGCGCGCGCACUCGCUGCGCUCCACGCCGCACACCAACACGUCGCCGCGCUCCAUGUCGCUGGGCGACGCGACGCCGCUCUACGACGAAAACUAGGACGCGCGGCACUCGUCCGACCGAGAGAGAGAGAGAGAGAGAGAGAGAGACAGCGGUGCGUUCCGCCAAGCGUACUCGAAGCGCGCCGCGUUCGUUCAUCGUGAUUUCGCGCGAGACUAGAUAUUAUUCGUCUCGUAAUAGACAUAUCUGUACUCUUCACUUAUUCUCUUUUACUCGUAACUUGUAUAUUUCGCCACGAUGACGGAGCCCUGCAGCGUUUCGAAAUCUAAGAGUAGAUAAAUGAAUUGAAACACCCGGGUCUCGGAGUGAAUAGAUAGCCAAGGUAUAUAAUAUUCGAAGAAAUUGAUUUCUCUCUAAAAACGAUAUAUUGUAGUGAGUGAUAUUUUGCCGAAUAGUGCACUUUUUAUAUUUUGAGGCGUUUUAUUUCGUCGCGAACUACGUCGGCUUUGUCCAAUAUAUACGAUUAUGAUACUUAUUUUAUUUAUUAAUUUUUCAUUUGAAACUUUAGGUAAUAUUAAUACAUCUAUAUAUUUUUUUAAUAUACCAAGUAGUUGGUAGCAUUUAAAAUGUAAUCCUUCCAAAUAUGUCAAGCGUCAGAUGAUGUUCCCGCAUGUUGCGGUGUGACACAGUGAUGUGUGGUAUCUACAGUGCAAUUGAUCCAAAAAACAAUAGAAAUGCCUUAUAGAUGGUUAGUGACGACAGGCACGUGAUGUAUUGUUGCUAACUUGCGGGAAAACUAAUAAAGGUUAUGACAAAUAA